GACCAAACACGCGCCAAACUUCUACUAAGAGCCAUAGACAAACACAAUGAGUUAAUGGCCAAAGCACGCAAUAAUGAAGGCUGUGAUCGUCAUUUGUUUGGACUUUAUUGCAUAGCAGUGGAAAAUAAUCUACCUGUACCCCAGCUAUAUCUUGAUCCAUUGUAUAAAAAAAAGGGUUUUGGACCCCUUGGUGGUGGUGGCAACUUUAUAUUGUCAACUAGCCUGCUUAGGUAUUACUCUCCCACAGCAGGAGGAGUCUCUCCAAUGUGCCUUAAUGGCUAUGGUGUUUUCUACAGUAUCUCACCAGAGAGUUUGAUGUUCACCAUCUCUGUACGAAGGGACAGCCCAGAAACAAGUUUCCAACAAACUGCCGGAGUGGAGGUGUGA